AUGGAGGGAGCGAUGUCUCUGGUGUCUGUAUCAUCGUCUUCAUCAUCAUCAGAACAAACAGAAGGAGACAUCGGUGAAGCAAAGACACCUGAGGAGUUAUGGACACGGCCGGCGAGUCCUGAGGCUGAUGAGCAUGUCACUCUGAUCACUGACAGUAUGACAGUCACCUCCGCGGACCAGGAGAAACUACUGCUUCUCGACAAAAACACAGAGCUGCGCCGCAUCAACAAAGAGGUGAUGAGGCUGAACGAGGAAUGGGACCAGGUGUACCGCACUGCCACACUCAAUCUACAGCAGCGAAUAGAGGCUCUGGAGCUGGAAAACGCAGCCAUCAAAACACUUAACGGAAAACUGCUGCGAAAAAUAGAGAACCAGCAGAGUGUGAAAAACUACUAUGAGCGGGGACUGCUGCUGGAGUUGAAGAAAAACCAUGGGUUGCAGGAGUGUAUCAGACGUAUGGAGAGCAGGGUGCCCCCCUCCCAGAGCUCCUCCAAACAGGGCAACUUUAUGAUACUGCCAUCAAGCAACUCUGGCAAUCCCCCAAGAGCUCUGGAGCUGUCACCGGUCCCCCCAAACCCAUUAAUCCCAGCAGCUUCCAGCCCACAGGCAGAGCUGGGGGGUCCGGGCCACUGUCCCUCUGCACAGCGAGACCCCCAACAGGAGGUGCAGGUGCUGAAGGAGCAGCUGCAGGCGAUGCAGUGUCAGACCCAGAUUUAUGAAGCAGAUUUUCACACGGAGCAAAAGACCCAUAAACACAUGCUGCAUGAGAACCGCAGGCUGAGAAAGAAGAGGGAAGAGAUGUGUCAGCAGGUGGCGCUACUGCAAGAACAGCUUAAGGUGUAUGAAGAUGACUUCAGGCGUGAGCGCUCAGACAAACAGAUGCUGCAGCGGCUGCUGAAAAAGAGUCAGUCUCCGCUCACAGACCCAGUGCUGAUCCAUCGAUUUAUUGCCAGUUACAUAAAGAUGACAGAGAUCGGGAGCAGAUCGGCUGAGCGCCACAGGGACCUGUUCCAGCAGCAGGGCUUCCUCUCGGCUCUGCCCGUGCUGAGUGCUGAGGAGCUGCAGGAGGCCAGGCGCAACUUCGCUCUCCUGGAGGAACAGUUUGGUCCUGAAUACAGCAGUUAUAACCUCCAUAACGUGCACCUGAAGUAUGAGUGGGUGAAGGCCCUGGCGCUUCAUCCUCGCAUCCUGCACGUGGUCACAGCCGUCCUGGGACCUGACGUAAUCCUGCUGGACUCACGCUUCAUCUGUAAAUAUCCCAGUGUGACGUGUAAAGAGCAGCAGCCGUAUGUGGCCUGGCACCAGGACAUGAGGUAUUGGGGCAUCGAUGGAGGACCUGUCCUGUCCGUGUGGUUGGCUUUAGAUCAUUCACUGAAGGAGAACGGUGCCCUGCAGGUUAUACCCGGGACCCACCGCUCCGGCAUGCUGCCCCACGGAGCAGCCAGGCGUCCCGGGAACAUGCUGACGGCGAACCAGGAGAUCCCCGAGGGGCUGCUGUAA